UUGAUUUCAGGGUUAACUGGACUCCAGAAUAUAGGUGUUGUUUUUAAGGAAUUAUUACAGAUUCACGAUAAAAAUUCAUCAUUACAGAUUCAUAAGGACGCUGAUUCGUACAGAGAUGAAUUUAAAGAACAGUUUCAGCACUAUUUGCAGACAGUGAAAUUAUUAAAUCUUCAGCCGACUUUGCAUAGAACUGAUCUUGUUCCUUUUUUAGAACUUAUCAAUUUUCUCUCAAUGGUAGCCUCGCAUUAUCCAGAUGAAGCUAAAGAAUUCUCGUCUAGUAUGCUUUUAGUUCUUCGUAGUCAUAGUACUGGUUUGAAUCCAGAAAUUAGGUUAGCCUUUUGUAAAGCGCUGGUGAUUCUGAGAAAUAGACGGUUGGUAGACCCCCUUGAACUUCUCGAACUAUUUUUCGAGUUGGUUAAAUGCGAUGACAAACAGUUGCGGAGAUUUGUUUAUGGUUCUACUGUAUCUUUCCUAAAAAGAUUGAGGAGUGGGAAGUAUGGUCAAAAAGUAGUCUCGAACGUCCAGGCAUCUUUGUUCGUCAAAUUGAAAGAUUCCAGAUCUAUAGUUGCGCGUGUUGCUGAAUUAGUACUUAUUGACGCAUUCAGAAAAAACAUCUUGAGAGAUGCUAAAAGUGCAAAUGCGAUUUCUGAGUGUUGUUUUCACAAGCUUUCUAGAUUACAGGUUGCUGCACUAAGAUUUUUUCUCGGUUCCACAAAAGACGAGGAAGGCCUGGAAGACGAUAGUGAGUCAGAAGAAGAUAAUGAAAAGAAAGAGGAUCAAAAAACUUUAAAAGAGGUAGUACUUUCCUACAGAGCGGCAAAGAAAACAAGAAAGAAGAUUAAAAUGUUUGAAAAGGCAAAAAAGUUGAUUAGCAAAGAAAAAAACUCAAAGAAAGAAGGAAGAAGUAAGGACUGCAACCUUUACGCUAUUCAGUCGUUAUAUGAUCCACAAACCUUUUGUGAUCGUUUAUUUGCUUUGUUAACGUGUAACAAGAAUGAGCGAUUUGACUUACGGCUUCUCAGGAUUGCACUUUGUGCUCGAGUUAUUGGUAUUCACAAAUUACAAACCUUAAGCUUCUACUCAUAUCUUCAUCGGUAUUUCCAACCGAAACAAAGAGAAGUAACUCGUUUGCUGUUAUACGCAGCUCAAGCUUGUCAUGAACUGGUGCCUCCAGACAUUGUGGAACAGCUAGUUCGGGUUAUUGCACAAAAUUUUGUUACUGAUCGGAACAGCCCAGAAGCCAUCACUGUUGGAUUGAAUACUAUUCGUGAAAUUUUUACCAACUGUUCUUUCGCCGCAACUGAAGAUUUAUUACGUGAUUUGACUGAGUAUAAGAAGUAUAAAAACAAGAAUGUGUCGAUGGCUGCUCGUGGGCUUAUUACUCUUUUCCGCACUGUAAAUCCUAAAUUGUUGUACAGGAAAGACAGAGGAAGGCUAGUUUUAUUCUCAGAAACUGAAACAACGACAGAGUCACUGGCAAAGAAGGCUGAGGUUGUUAGCGAAUCCCGUAUAUUAACGCAAGAGGAGUUUCGUAAGAUUCAUGCUUUUCAACUUAGGAAACAGGUUGUUUCGGGUAAACAGUUGUUAAAAAAGCAAAAGCGUAAACUGGAUGACAUAACUCUGGAUGAAGAAUUGGAAGAAAAGAUGGCUCGACUUGACGAAGGUGAUGGGUUACCGAGACUGAAAGACAUAGAACAUUUUCACAAAAAAAUCCGUCGUCAGACAAAAGAGGAGAGGAUGAAACAAGCCGCAGAAGGACGCCCAGAUAAAGAUGUUUAUAGCAAACCUAAAAAAGCGGGACCUCAUGUUGGUAGGACCAACAGGCAGUUAGCAAAACGAAAAAACUUCCAGAUGGUGCGGCAAAAGAUCCGCGGUAGGAACCGACAACGCAGUUUUAGGGAUCAGCAAAAAACUUUAAGAAAUUAUUUACUGCGUCAGUCAGGCCGGAAAGUUUGA